AUGGUAAGCGGAGGCGGCGACUAUUGCGUGGGCGAGUCGCACUGGACGUGGAGCUUCCUGUGCGCCGCGGCGGAGGCGAAGGCUCUUAAUAGAACGCUGGUGGUGCCGGAUCUUAGAUGCAUCAGCGAGUCGCAUUCGCUGACGGGGAAGAGGGAGGAGAAGCCUGUGGGUCUAUACUACGAUAUGGAACACAUGAUGAGCCGACAGCCAAUGAUAUACGCAACCACAUUCCGGCAGCGCUUCGGAUCCCUAGAUCCGGAGAAGCUGCAGCAGCAGGGCAGGAUGCGAGUCGCAGAAUAUAAACCCUUUGCAGCGACCGAGUGGGUGAGGGAGAAGACAAGGGACGUUCAGCUUGUUGUGCGGAAGCUUAGAGAGGAGCAGUUUGCGUAUCAGAUCUGCGGCGUACCUGAGAAUAAGAAGCUGCUAAAGCGGGAUUUGAAACUGCUGUGGCGGCCGCAAGUGCUGGCGAAGCUAUCCAACACCAUAUCAGCGUCUAUGGGGUGGAACUACGAUGCAGUGCAUGUGCGGCGCGGGGACAAGGUGAAGCCGUCCAGCCGCCAAUACUGGCCCAAUCUCGACCGCGACACGCGGCCAAACGCCCUCCUAAAGACUCUCCCCAAGUUGAUAGCGCCGGGGCGCCACGUGUACAUAGCGUCGAACGAGCGCACGCCGGGCUUCUUCAGCCCGCUCGCCUCGCUCUACAAGAUCCACGUGCUCUCCGACUACCGCCACCUCUGGGCGCCGGGGAGCAAGUUCCAGAGUGACCUUAAAGCCCUCCUCCGGUCCCUGAACCUGACUACAAUGAAGCCGGAAUUGGAUGCUUAUAUGGAGUGGACUGUGGAGUUAACUGUACUGGCUAAUGCUAAGAAGAGAGUGGAGACGUUUAAUGACCUCACCAGCGAUAGCAAGAAUGCAAUGAUUCGAAAUAACAAGACUCAAGCCAGUUAA